AAAUAAAAAUAAGAGACGAAAAUGACGUUUUCGCUCUCAGCCUCUCUCUUCCUACCUCCGGAGAAAAAGAAGGGGGCGUUAGAUAGAGCUAUUACCAAUACUGGUGGCGAGAAAAGCUGACGCUAGAUUUUCUCGAGAAAUGGCAGAAGAAGAUGAAAAAGAAGCCUACAUACAGAGCUGAGGGUUAUUUUUGAUUUCGAGUUGCCAAGCGAUUGAAGCUUGGUUAUCUUCUCAAUUCCAGAUUGCUCAACCAGGAGCCAUUCUUUUUAUUGGAUUUGCUCAAAAUCAUAUCAAGAAGGCUCCUACUAUUAUGGGAUUUCUUGUCUCUACUGCAAUUCAGAGUUAGUUGGGGUAGAGACUUUAGAUGGAUGUCACCUCUUCUGGUCCAAUCAGCAUCUCCCGAACCAAUCCCCUUUGCUUAUAGAUCAUAUCAAAAUGCAUCAUCACGACCAUGAGCACGUAAUAAUUGACAUAUCAAGAAAUGAUGUGGCUUCUUCAUCAGCCUCAUCACCUCGUGAUGAUUUCCAUCUCGAAUCGCAUCAUGAAGACAGACCUUCCAACAGCACUACAGAAGACGUUCUCAAUUACCAGACUUCUUCAACUAUGUCAACCAGGUUAAACUCUAGGAACUCAACAUUCUCGAGGAGAGGCGAUUCGUAUGGUCGGCGAAGGAGGAGUCCUUUGAAUUCUGGGUUAUGGAUCUCUGUGGAGUUACUUAUCACAGUGGGCCAGAUUGUGGCUUCUGUCGUGGUUUUGUUGCUCUCGAGAAAUGAACACCCACAAGCCCCAUUAUUUGCUUGGGUUGUCGGUUAUGCGUCAGGCUGUGUGGCCACCCUUCCAAUCCUGUACUGGCGUUUUCGUACUCGCAACCAAGGUAUUCUGCAAGAUCCCCUGCAAUCACAUGAAGGCAAUUCGCCAGUAGGGAUUCCUGAUUCUACACCAUAUACUGCUAUCUCUAUUAGUCAGGAUGAGAUGAAUGAACCAUCAACAAGGGAUAAUCAAGCGCCGGGGAAUCUAACUAGAAGAUUUUACAGAAUCAAUAGCAUAAUGGAUCAUCUGAAGAUGGCAUUAGAUUGCUUCUUUGCAGUGUGGUUUGUUGUUGGCAACGUAUGGAUAUUUGGAGGUCAUGCAAGUCCAGCCGAUGCACCGAAAUUGUACAAAUUGUGUAUAGUUUUCCUUACUUUUAGCUGUAUAGGAUAUGCAAUGCCGUUUAUAUUAUGUGCAACAAUCUGUUGCUGCUUGCCUUGCAUAAUCUCUCUCCUUGGCUAUCGGGAAGAGUUAUCUCAAACAAGAGGAGCCACCACCGAGUGCAUAAAUAGUCUGCCAAAGUACAAGUUCAAGUUGAAGAACGGUGGGGGUGGAUUUCGAGAUCGUGAUGGCUGUGAAACGGGCGAAGGAGGGGUCUUGGCUGCGGGGACAGAAAAGGAGCGUAUGAUAUCUGGUGAAGAUGCUGUGUGCUGCAUAUGCUUAAACGUGUAUGACGACAAUGAAGAGCUGCGGGAACUACCUUGUGGCCAUGUAUUCCAUGUAGAGUGUGUGGAUAAGUGGCUGAAGAUCAAUGCCUGUUGCCCACUGUGUAAAAAUGAGAUUUGUGAUGGCGGGGACGAUGGUUCUUCUCCAACGCCACGAGAUGCUAGCAGCAACCAACAUUAAUUUGAAGGCCUGAAGGAGGGAUCCAAUGUAUGUGGCAGAAAGUUGCAGAGGAUUUGAUUGCAACUCAGCACCAUCUACCUGCAUUGAGUUUUUUCUUUUUUCUUUUUGAGCGAAGCAAAUGGCUAGAAGAAGCUAAAGUUUUGCACUGGGGGUGCGCCAAGCAUAGAUUUGUACCAUAAUUUAGGUAAUCAUGGCUGCCUCAAUCCAUUUAACACCCAUUCAACAUUGUUGUGAACUGAAGAUAUAUUGUCAAUUGUACAGUAUAGAUUCAAUAAUCGUUUUAUUUAUUUGUAUAGAGAGGAAUUAUGUUUGAAAUAUAUUUGUUAUACAUUAAUUAACUACUAUUAAUUAUUAAUUAAUUAAUAUAAA